CCACAAUUCAAGACUUUGGGAUCAAGGUGCAAUUCUUAUAGUACUAGUAUAAAUAAGUAUACUAGUUGGAGUAGUUAAAUUAAGUUGAGACAGAAGAGAUAGGAUGGAUUCAAUAAUUGUGGGAUGUGUAAUAGUAGUGGUAGCAUCCAUAUUGAUGUUGUGGUACAAAAGCAAGGAUGGUGGAAAAUAUCCUCCGGGGCCACGUGGCAUCCCGAUCCUGGGGUAUCUUCCUUUCAUGAGCAGCCGCAACAUGCUCCAACAGUUGGCCGACCUGUCCCAGCAGUACGGCCCCAUCUACAAGCUCCGCCUCGGCAGCAAGUUGGCGGUGGUCAUCACCUCCCCCUCCUUGCUCAAGCAGGUCGUCCGCGACCAGGACCACAUCUUCUCCCACCGUGACGCCACCGCGGCCGCCCUCGCCUACAGCCGCGGCGCCAGGGACGUCGUCUUCUCGCCCCCCGACUCCAGCUGGCGGGCCAUGAGGAAGGUGCUCGUGCGCGAGACGCAGAGCACCGCCGGCCUCCACGCCUCCCGCGAGCUGAGGAGGGACCAGAUCAGGAAGGCCGUCCGAUCCGUGUACGACAACAUCGGACGGUCUGUGGCUUUCGGACAGCUCGUGUUUCAGACGGAAGUCAGCCUGCUGAUGAGCCUUAUGUGGGGAGGAGUGGAUCAAGAGAGGGAGAGGCUCGGAGCUGAGUUCCGAGCCAUCAACUCAGAGAUCAGUCAUCUCCUCGGGAAACCUAAUGUUUCAGAUCUAUUCCCUGUUUUGUCAAGGCUUGAUCUACAGGGAGUGGAGCGACGGAUGGGGAAAGUGGUGGAUUCUCUUGAUAAAAUACUCGAAGAGUUCAUCUCUCAGCACGAGAAGCUUUCUGGAUCAAUGCUGAAGAAUGAGGGGAGGAAGGAUUUUCUACAGAUCGUGUUGGAACAUAAGGAGAAAAAGGACUCAGAUCUGCCAACUCUUUCACGAGAUCAAAUUAAAUCCUUGUUAGCUGAGAUCAUAAGUGGAGGGUCGGACACGUCAGCAACAACAGUGGAAUUUGCAAUGUCGGAGCUCCUCAACAACCCGAAGGCCAUGGAGAAAGCACAGAAGGAACUAUCUGAGGUGGUGGGGAUGGACAAAAUAGUGGAAGAGUCCCACUUGCCCAAACUCAAUUUUCUAAAUGCCGUCAUCAAGGAAACGCUCCGAUUGCAUCCUCCAGUACCCUUGCUAGUCCCAAGAGUGCCAUUUCAGACCACAACUGUCGGAGGAUACACAAUCCCCAAGGGUACCAAGAUUUUACUACAUGUCUGGGCAAUACAAAGAGAUCCUACAAUCUGGGACAACCCAGGAGAGUUCAAGCCUGAGAGGUUUCUACUAGAUUCUACAACCUUGGAUUUCAAAGGCAACAAUUUUGAGUUUAUUCCAUUCGGAUCGGGGAGAAGAAUGUGCCCUGGAUUGCCCUUGGCAGAAAGAAUGGUUGCUCAUUUGUUGGCUUCAUUUCUGCAUUCCUUUGAUUGGAAGUUAGCAGAUGGUAAGAAGCUUGAUAUGUCAGAAACUCUUGGAAUUGUGCUACAAAAGACAAACACUUCGGUUGCUAUACCCACUCUUAGAUUGGGUAAUACAACCAGUUUGUAUAUGUAGCCUAAUUUUGUCUACUAUUUGCAUAUGUAAUAAAUUCAUGCAUGAAUUAUUUAAUGGAUAAUAUUUUGUAAACACUCUCAAUUUUCAUAUCGUUUUUUUACUUAUUCUCGAAAGGA